AUGGCGAACGGGACGGCGGCGAGGAGCAAGGAGGCCGCGAAGGUGGUGCACUACCGGGAGUGCCAGCGGAACCACGCGGCGUCCAUCGGCGGGCACGCCGUGGAUGGGUGCCGCGAGUUCAUGGCGUCGGGCGCGGACGGCACGGCGGCCGCGCUCAUGUGCGCCGCCUGCGGGUGCCACCGCAGCUUCCACAGGCGUGAGGUGGAGACCGACGACCGCGACUGCUCCUCCACCACCUCCUCCGGCUGA